AUGGACGCCAAAGAAGGCAAAGUCGCCGAGGCGUCACCAAAGUCACACACCCAAGACGACAUCACCACCACCCCGUCGCAGCCUGACCCACCUAAAGUCACGCCGCCGUUGUUGUUGUCUGUGAAAGAUGAAUUCAACAACGCAGUUCGUGCCGUGAAAAACUUCAAAGCUUUGUCUCAUGUCGAGCCAUACACUUGGUUACGCUUCUCGUUGAGCCCCGCUGCCUACAACCAGCUCGCCGAGUUCUUGGAUAACGACGACACGUUCCGUGGCCUAGAAACCUUCUAUUCCUCCUUCACCCAAGAAUUCGCCAUGGGCGGCGAAACCCGCGUUCACGCGGCCUUCGCCCCUGCGGUUGUACGUGAUAUCCUCAACGGUCUUGCACGCUUGGAACAUCCGUCCCUUGAUGGAUUCGGUGGCAAUGUCUUGAAUACCGCAUCGGCAAAGCUCGCUCUGACUGUCGAGGGCAGCACUUUUGAAAAGUGCCCCGAUGGCUCGUUGCUGUAUCUGGGCGCACGAUUCCCGGGAGUCGUCAUGGAAGUGGCCCACUCCCAGCGAGCAGAGGACCUUCCCCGACUUGCUGAGGAUUACAUACUUGGUUCUGGUGGAAGGGUUCGCUGCGUCGUCGGCUUUAAGCUGCCGUACCCAGCAGGCAACGAAGCGACAUUGUCAGUCUGGAUCCCAAAAUUGACCGACUUGUCGGAUGGCCGCAAGAGCCUCGACGUCGAGCAACUCGUGAAGGAAGAGGUCUUCUGCACUGCCGACGGUCACCCAAACCAAAACUCUGCCGGUCUCUGCUUGUCGCUCGCUUACCUCGCACCGACUCAGGAAAUCCGAGCCAUGGUCAACGCGCUCCCAGCCGAGUUGACCGAGAUCAAAAUCUCUACUGCAGAACUAUACGAGUACCUGAAGUUGGCAUUCAAAGCGGAAAGUCCAGGAAAUAUCGUUGACGACAUCGACGACGAGAUGGUGGUGGUGGCUCCGCGCAACUACGGGCCUGCGUAG